CAGUCAUGUCUCUCAAGGUCGUCGUCCUCGCCUGCGUGGUUGUCGUCGCUCUGUGCGACAAGGCCCCAGUCUAUGCCCCUCCAACCCCCGCCUACCACGCACCCGAACCCGCCUACAACGCUCCCAAACCUUCUUACCACGCCCCCGAACCCGCCUACCACGCCCCCAAACCUUCUUACCACGCCCCCGAACCCGCCUACCACGCCUCCGAACAGUACGAACAAGAAUACGCUGACGUAACUCCCAAGUACAACUACAACUAUGGCGUCGCCGACACUUACUCCGGCGCCAACUUCGGCCACUCGGAGUCCCGCGACGGCUACAACACCGAGGGCACCUACACCGUCGACCUCCCCGACGGCCGCAAGCAGAUCGUCAAGUACGUGGACAACGGCGACGGUUAUGUAGCUGAGGUCACCUACGAGGGCGAGGCUCAGUACCCCGAGUACAAGCCCACCUACAAGCCAGCUCCCCCCGCCCAUGCCUAAAUACGAAAGUGUUUUAGAGAAAAUGAUAUAUGGGAAUAUAUGUCAGGAACAUAUAUUCAGCUGAUUAUAUGUUUUCUCAUACAUGAAAUAAAGAUCUUAUUUUUUAUAUGUAUGUAUAAA